CGGGUGAAACUCCAUUCAUUCUGCCUCGGACUUCCUCCUGCAGUGAAGUCCGAGUGGAUGUUACGUCUUCAGGAGUUUUUUUUUGUUUUUUUUCACAGCCUCGGCCAAGUGUUGGUGCGCCCUGGUUCGGGCCUGAGGAGAGGCUUACACGGAGGUUUCUGUGGGGAGCAGAGGGAGCCAGACAGGCGACAGUCAGCGCUGUCUUGGCCUCAGGGCAGAGGCAGGGAGAGAGCGGGCGAACCAAUGAGAAGGAGACAUCCACUCCCCUCAGUCCUGCCCGGCUUGGCUCAACUCGGCGCACCCUGUAAUUAGGAGCUCUGGGUUGGGCGCCGCCACCGUGGACAGCCUGGCUGCUGCGUCAAGUCAGUUUGGGAACGCCAGCUCCACACUGACUGUGGACCUUUGAGCACGGCAGCCACAGAGACAACUCCAGAGAAGAAGAAGAAGAAAGUGGGUGAAAAUGAACGGGCAGUCCUCACCUGUGUUCGAGGAGAAGAAGCCUGCGCUUCCCGUGGCUCCGAGCUCCAUCUCGGCCACCAAGGAGUCCCCGACCCUGCCGGAGUCCUCAUCCACAGACAUGGGCUUCUACGGCCAGAGCGCGCUCCACGGCUCCCAGGAUUUCUACCAGGCGCAGCAGCAGCAGCAGCAGCAGCAGCAGCAGCAGCAGCACUAUCCGGGUCAGCACAUGAACCCGUACGCGUACCACCACCACUACAACCUGAACGGGAUGGCCCCCGGGGGCGCGUACUCUGUUGGCAAAGCCGAGUACCCGUACCCUCACGCGGCGGCGUACAGAGAGCACGGCGCCUUCAGCCGGGAGCUGCAGACCGCGAUGCAGGAGAAUGUGAAAGAAGAGCCGGAGAUGGAGGUGCGCAUGGUGAACGGAAAGCCGAAGAAGGUGCGUAAGCCGCGCACCAUCUACUCCAGUUACCAGCUGGCGGUGCUGCAGAGACGUUUCCAGACGGCCCAGUACCUGGCACUGCCCGAGCGGGCCGAGCUGGCGGCCCAGCUGGGCCUCACACAAACACAGGUCAAAAUCUGGUUCCAGAACCGUCGCUCCAAAUUUAAGAAGCUCUACAAGAACGGAGAGUUCCCCCUGGGGGAGAUCGCUCUGGAACACAGUCCAGACGCCAGUGAUUCCAUGGCCUGUAACUCCCCCCCGUCUCCAGCUGUGUGGGAAAACAGCCGCAACAGUAACAACAACAGCAACAACGGCAGCAGCAACACCUCCACCCCCAACAACAGCAACAGCAGCAACAACGGCAGCAGCAGCAGCGACGGCAGCAACACAAAUAACAAGAGUACCGCAAUGCUGGAGCCCACCAGCAGGGUGCAGGCUUCCUACCAGGCUGCACUCAGCUCCUCGCCCACCUACAUGGGAGACUACACCCACCAGAACUGGUACCCACAGCAGGGGGCGCACUUAGGUCUGCCAGCCCCGGCGCAGACGCACCACGCCCCCCCCCCGGCCCCGUCAGCUGCACAGAGCAUGGGNGGGGGGGGGAGGGGGUGA